AUGACGCCGGCAGUAUCCAACAGGAGAAGUCAACGCUCAAAUUCUACGUCCUCCUCCGUACUCACAGUGCGCAAGUCGCUGUCUUUGUCUUCGAAGCAAAAUCCUCGCUCUACGCACUUAAGAGCUGCCCAUUCCAUCAGUCCAGAUCGGGGCUCCAUCGAUCACCUGGCUCCCAUCUACAAUUACUCGGCUCGAAGAGGUAGUUUCGAUGACUCGAAGGGUCUCAAUAACAGAAACAUAAAUCGCUGGUCGCAGUCCACAUCCUCCAGCACCGGAGACCAAGACCCGAACCGGCGCCUACCACAGAAUGCUUCGUAUGGUGUGAACACUACACAAAGGCAACUUGGACGAAGUCCUCAGCGGGGCCAGACCCGCUCACAAAAAUCCAGCAACGACUUCGACAAGUCUUUUCUGGUGCCUGGCUCGACCGGCUCCCCCAGAUCUGGUCGAUCACCCAAUGGCUCUGGCCCGGCACUGACGCCAACCUCCGUGUACAAUACUACAACGACCGGCGACUAUUUUGGGGAGACCUGGCAGAAUCGCAAGCUGAAUAAAUUUGGUGAGCCGAUUACCGCCAUGUCGAUUCAGUAUGUCACAACCGGUACUCACAGGCCACGGCGCAUCGAAGACGUCGCCGAGGAAAGGCCAUCGCCACAAUUGCCUUCAAAGUCAGAAUUUAGCACCAAUUCAAAUGUUGGCGCUGUUGACGAAGAGUCCGCCGCAUCAAUGGCCGCCGAACCCAAGCGAAGCCGCGGCCAUCGAAGCCCUACACAAAAGACCAUGUUGUCGCGAGCUCUGGCUAAGGCGAACACAGCAGUGCUGCUGGACAAUUCAUCUAAGAUCGAUGGUGCGAUUGAGGCCUAUGCUGAAGCAUGUGAGCUUCUGCAGCAGGUCAUGGCGCGUAGCUCCGACAUGGAUGACCGCAAGAAGCUCUCUGCUAUUCGCAAGACCUACUCGAAUCGCAUUGCGGAACUGCACGAUCUCGACGACCCUUUCGCGAACCUCAUGGACAAGGAAUUACCAGAUGAUCCGCCAGCUCAGGAAACUAAUGCAGCAUUUUCCAGGGCCAAAGCUCGAGCGCUGUCGAUGCCUUAG